GCUGGCAUCCUGCAGGAGGAAAAAGAAUCAAACAGCUUUACAUGUUUUCCUCCAUACUGGCGGCUAUUUCCUAAUUGUGAAGGAUUUCUAUUUAUUUUUAAUACAUGAAGGCAUACUGACCACGUCCACCAACAGGGUCACAGUGUAAUGUCAGGGAACGCCUUUUAUGAUUUGUCGAGAUGAUAUGAAUGUCACUCGGUCAAGAUCCUGAUUCAACAGCCCCUGCUGGAUUUUCUUGCUCCUUGUUGGAAACAUCUGCUGCAAGCAUUUGGAUUAAUUUCUAAUUAAUGUGUUAUUUUUUAAUUAAUAUUGUCCGGUGGGAGGAUUGGAAUUGUCGGUGCAGCGUAGGAGCCUCAGUGGGGGAAUGACAUGCUGCAGUAAAGACUGGAAAUAAGAAUGGAUAUGAAAACAAUGAAGAUGUGACUGCGAAAAACGAAAAGAAGAUGCUUUUCAAUCAUCACCUUGUGCUGCAAUCUUUAAUAUUACCCAGAGAGUCGUUUGGGGUAUUUUUUCCUGAUUGGACUGUGUCACAUUGACUGAGCAAUAUUUGUAAGAGCUAUCAGGUUCAUAUCUGAACCGUUUUACAGUAGAACAGCUGACAUUAACCUAAAGAAGGACAGAGAUCUGAAGAAAGGGCACCAUGUCGGCGGUGAUGAUCACACGCAAGGUGCGAAAAUGGGAGAAGCUCCCGGGGAAAAACACUUUCUGCUGCGACGGCAGGGUGAUGAUGGCCCGGCAGAAGGGAGUCUUCUACCUGACCCUCUUCCUCAUCGUCGGGACCUGCUCCCUCUUCUUCGCCUUUGAAUGUCCGUACCUGGCAGUCCAUCUGUCUCCUACCGUCCCAGUUUUCGCCAUCGUGCUCUUCUUCUUCGUCAUCGCAAUGUUGCUGAGGACGAGCUUCAGUGACCCCGGGGUGCUGCCUCGAGCGCUGCCAGAGGAAGCCACAUUCAUUGAGAUGGAGAUAGAGGCUGCUAAUGGGAAUGUCCCUGCAGGGCAGCGACCCCCGCCUCGAAUCCGCAAUGUUCAGAUCAAUAACCAGAUCGUGAAGCUCAAGUACUGCUACACCUGCAAGAUCUUCAGACCACCUCGAGCUUCUCACUGCAGCAUCUGUGACAACUGCGUCGACCGUUUUGAUCACCACUGUCCAUGGGUAGGCAACUGUGUUGGCAAGAGGAACUACCGAUACUUCUACAUGUUCACCCUGUCGCUCUCCCUGCUCACCAUUUACAUCUUCACCUUCGACAUCGUCCACGUGGUGAUGCGUUCAGUGGAUAAUGGCUUUUUGAACACUUUGAAGGAAACGCCUGGGACUGUGCUGGAGGUGUUGGUGUGUUUCUUCACCCUGUGGUCGGUGGUGGGACUGACGGGCUUCCACACCUACCUGAUCUCCCUCAACCAGACCACCAAUGAGGAUAUUAAAGGAUCCUGGUCGGGGAAGAACCGAGUCCAGAACCCGUACAGCCACAAGAACUGCUUCAAGAACUGCUUUGAGGUUCUCUGCGGGCCGACAUACCCGAGCGUCUUGGACAGAAGAGGAGUGAUGCAGGAGGGUUCGCCUGUUUCUGCUGCGUCUGCUGUACCCCCCUCAUCCAGCAGCAACCCAGUGUCACAAACCACGAAAACCACUGCUCCUCUCAUCCCCAACGAACACACACCUGAUGAUGCCAAACCGAGCAUCGCCGACUCCGCAGAGAAGAACUCCUCCCCCAGAGAGGAAACUCCGAUGGCCCCACCCCUGGCUUCACCCGAGCCUGAUGCAGAAGUAGCCGUCGCCAAGGACCCGGUCCAUUAGCUGCAUGAGGGGGCGGCUCUGAUCGCAGCCGGGAUCCUGGCUGGUCAGGAACUGAAACAUUAACUAUCUACGCGUGAUGACUGUGCGGAUGACUCAGUUAUCCUCGGACGCCCGCCCCACAUUCCUCCAGGAGAGCAGAGUAUCUGCAGUAGCUCCUCCUCUCCUCCCCCUCUCCUCACCCGCAGAUUGACAGUGCAGGAGGGGGAUUGAUUUAAGGUAAAGUCAGCAGCUUCCUCUGUCUCCUGCACACUGCAUGGAAAAGACACGCAGGGGGAGAAGCUGCAGGAAGAACUGCAGAGAGAAAUAAGAAAUUCUCCAAGCGACAUCCCAGAGGGUCACCUGUGGAAUUAUCAAUACUGCUUCUUUUCUUUAUUUAAAAUAUUGCGUAAUGACAUUUAUUGUGAGAGGCCAGUUCAAAUAUAUUCCUUGCAAGUGUCUGGCAAAGACGAUAUUACUUCUGGACAUGUAUAAAACUCCAUGUAUCUGUUGUGUGCACAUUACAUGCCCUAUGCAAACAUACAGAGGCUGGACGUGCAGCUUUUCCAUGAGAAGGGUUAACAGCAGGAAGUAUGUCCAGGCAGCGGGAAGACGAGCCGAUCCUUAGCUGACAAAUUAAAGGCUCCUUCCAGGCAAGUCAACUCUACCUUGUUUAAUGAUAUUGCUGCUUUCAGUACUGUUAUUACUUACAUGCAUUACUUUUUUUUAAGAGAUCGAGACCAACGCCUGUCCUUCCAUUUUUAUAUAUCCAGGAUGUAGUGUGACAUCGGUGCUCUGAAGUUGCUUCACGUAAAGUCUUUUAUCCAGGAGACGCUCAGUCCCACUGUGUGUGAGAGGAAAGGUCUGACUUCUGAUGAUAGUAGACACUAGUAGUAACAGUGCCUUAUCAUAACCAUUGCACCAACGAGUGCAACUGAAGUCGACCAACAGAGAAGAUCCAUUCAUGCCACUGAUGCAGUGUCAAAUGAGAUGCCAAUGUUUAUUCUACAAUAUGUUCAGUGGUUCCCAACCUGGAGGGUGCAAGAUCUAAACAUCUAAGGAGCCAUACAGUGAGGAAUUAGUGGGAUUAAGGAAUAAUUUGACAAUUUUGGAAGAAGUUUUUCCUGUGGAGUUAGAUAAAAUAAUUGAUAUCACUACCACGUAUGUACAGUAAAUAUGAAGCUACAGCAAGUAGACAGUUAGCUUAGCUUAGCAACAAGAAUGGAAACAAAUGGAAACAUCUAGCUUGACUGUUCAAAGGUGGAAUAUGAAAUUUAACACCCACUUUGACUGACUUUGUCCUCGCUAUGACAAUUUUCGCACACAAGUGAUGACAGUUUGAAAAGGCAUGGAUAUAAAUAGAUUUUCUGUUUUUCCCUGGAAAACGACAAGAAAAAAAUCCUAGAAGGAAGAUCUAUGCUAUGAGGCCAAAAAGGUUUGGAACCACUGAAUUUGACAUUGUGAAGCUAAGACUAAGUGAAGCCAUUGUUGAAUUGUACAUAUUUCUUCAAGGUAAAGAUGUCAGCUGAUUGGAGAGGAGGCGAGUUUAAAGCAAGGUUGUUUUAUUAGCAUUUAAGUGCAGCUGGUGUUAAUCCCGCUGCCUUUGAGCCCCCCUCCUCCUGCUGAUCUUCCUCCGAGUUAUCUCUCUUCCUGUUACUACAUAUUUAACACUUCUCCUUCUCCUCGCCUCCCGCUGUGACAGAGCGCCCGAGGCCGAGCUCGCCUCCACUGCAGCCGUCUGUGGCCGCAUCAUUAAGCAUAAAAAGCCGAGGUAAAGGCGUCCGUUCUUUUCACACUUCUGUGUAUUUCAGACUUUAAAAUGGCUACAGAGUUUGUUUGUUUUGGUCACAGAUUGCUCGAGGGGACAGCAUCCACACCCAGGAAAGAGGAAGAGUUAUUCUUAGUGUUUAAAUGAUGUUAGCUGAUAGCGAGGGUUUGUAAUAGGUAUUGUGUUGUAUGCAAGACAGAGCUAGUGUUUGUGAAAUAUAUCCGUGUAGAAGUUCUAGUUUGUCAACAGCAUUGUAUCAGAAAUCUGCCUGAGAUUAUUUAUUAUUGAGACUCUAGGCACAAUUUCUCCUUAAGAUCUCAAAAAUCUGCCAAACAAAGUGUGGAAUCGUUUGGUUAUUUAUAUUGUACCAUGAUCAUGGAGCAUUUUAGGGUAUGAGACACUUUGGAUGAUAACAGAUUAAUCUUGGCAAAUAUUCUUGAGUAAUCUGUGGAUGAGUUUCUUGAUAACCGGCUAACCUUUUGUCUACAUAAUGUCCCCAAAAAGUUGACAAGAUUUUCUUUUGGCCAACCAACCAUUCAAAAACCCUUAGAAAAUCAAUUAACUUUCAAAUAUCUGAAAAUAUCUAUAUUUAAAAAGCUGGAACUUGCACAAUUUCAGCAAAACAUAUUUGCAAUCCAUUUCCUGUUGAUAAAUUGACAAUAGUUGUAGCUGUACAUUAAUCUCUACAUUUAGAAGAAAAGAGGAGAGAUAAGAGACUCACCCCCGCUGGAAGAAGCUGUAAAGUGUGUGCCAGUAUUGUUUCUGUGAAGUAUAAAAAAAAAAGUGUAACUGCUGAGCAUUCGUUUGGAAAACGUUUUAAUAAGAAGGUUUGAUAUUAGUUUUUAAAGCUGAAUUUAGCGGCUGUUCUUUCUUUGUGGAAAGUAUUUGAAGACAGUUUGGUGCACUUGAUUGAUUUGCGUUGCUGUCACCGAGAAGCAAGAAUGUAUGUGAUUGAUGUUCGAUGAAAGAAGAGACAGGAGGUUUUAAAAGGGACGGAUGAAGGAUGAUUUUUUUAGCUCGUGCUGAGCUCUUGUACGUAUGGUUCUUGUGUUGAAAUGCCAUGACGGUCAGAUCUGAAUGCUCUGAUCCCUCUAUUACAUGAUGUAUACAGAAACAGUAAUAUACCAUUGAUGAUACUCUUUAUUUAUGUUCACUUUGUUCAGUAUCAGCACUGUGACUAUAUGUGUUUCAUUCAAUUUUACUUCACUUCUUUUUACAUGAUCAAUGUGUCUGGUAAAUAAACAAUAUUGUCUUAUUA